AUGUCUCUUCUUCAGCAACUUUCAGAAUUUAAAAAGUCUUCAUUGAGAAAAUGUUCAACACAAGUUACAACUGUUGGAGGUUUACAGUAUGUUGAAUUUCGAGAUGCUAAAGAUUGUCCUGAUGGUGAAACACAGGUUAUUGGAAAAACUGAAUAUCCUUAUGUCUUGGAUCUGAAUCCUGAUUUGCAAGUUGGCAAAAUACGUUCAAAUCUUUUUCUAGGUUCUGCAGAUGUCUGUGGCGAUUUACAAAUGCUUAUCCAUCUUGGAAUAACGCAUAUUUUAAACGUUUCUACAGAAUGCAUGGCAUACUAUCCUGAAAAUUUUGUAUACAGUCAUGUCUCCAUGUUAGAUAUUCCAGAAGAAAAUUUGUUAAAGAAGUUAGAGAAAUGCCAAGUAUUUUAUUCUGAAGUCAAGCGUGUUUGUGGUACUUUGUUUGUACACUGUAUGGCUGGAUUGUCAAGAGCACCAGCUGUUGUUAUUUUUCUUAUUAUGGUGGAUGACAAAUUAACAUUUGAAGAUGCUUAUACACAAGUUAAACAACAGAGACCGACAGUGAAACUCAAUAGUGGGUUUGAGAUCCAACUGAAGCAUUGGAACAUUGUUUAA